CUCGCCUUCUUCCUCCUCACCAAGCACACCAGCCUCCUCACUCCUCACAGCAUCCUCUCAGUCCUUAGCUUCCUUCCCUCGCCACCACCCACAGCCAAGGAGGAUGUCUUGCUGCGGCGGCAACUGCGGGUGCGGCGCCGGCUGCAAGUGCGGCAACGGCUGCGGCGGGUGCAAGAUGUUCCCCGACGUGGAGGCCACCGCCGGCGCGGCCGCCAUGGUCAUGCCCACCGCCUCCCACAAGGGGAGCUCCGGCGGGUUCGAGAUGGCCGGCGGGGAGACCGGCGGCUGCGACUGCACCACCUGCAAGUGCGGCACCGCGUGCGGCUGCUCCUGCUGCAGCUGCAACUGAGCCGGCGCCCAGGAGGCCGGCCGGCAGAGGCGAGCACGAGGAUGAGGAGGAGAAGCAAGCAAUCAUCAUCAUCAUCACCACCACCCAGCGUAUCAGUACCACUAGCCGCCGCAUGCGCUCGCGCGCGCGCUAAAUAAAAUAAAACCGUCAUGUGUUCCUUAGUCCCUCCUCAUGCCUCCACUUCUAGUGAAUAUAUAGCGCCUCAACUUUGAUUGAUCUUGUC